UGUGUGUGUUAAGUGAUCGUCCGGGAAAUUUUUAAUGCAGUGCUGAUUACAUGCCAGACAAAGAGUAUGAAUGCUGGUUGGAUAAAGAAACAUUGGCAAUCGGAGCGAACGACACGGAUCGGCUAGCCUUGCUUGAGUUCAGGAAUAAAAUAUCUGCUGAUCCUUUUAGUGUUGUGAGUUCAUGGAAUGCUUCAGUACACUUCUGCCUGUGGUAUGGUGUCAAGUGCAGUCGCCAGACACGAAAGGGUAACGGUUUUAGACCGAAAUUCCUUACAACUACAAGGCUCAAUUUCUUCUCAUAUUGGAAACCUGAGCUUUCUGAAAAUUCUAGACCUUAAAAACAACAGUUUCAGCCGGGAUAUUCCUCCUGAGAUCGGCCGUCUUCGAAGACUACAAACACUCUAUCUCUACAACAAUUCACUCACUGGAAAAAUCCAUCCAAUCUUUCUAGAUGUCCUGAUCUUGGCAUUUUAAGUCUUGUGAAAAACAAGCUGACAGGAUGAGUUCCGCUAGAGCUCGGUCUUCUUUCCAAGCUUCGGUUUCUUUCGAUAUCUAGAAACAAUCUGACAGGUAAUCCCCCUCCUUUUCUUGGAGACUUGUUAUCUCUUUGAACUAUUUCUAGCUGCAGCAAUCAACAAUUUUGUUGGGACAAUUCCUGACACAUUAGAAUAACUAAAAAACCUGACUAUUU